UUAUGUAUUCAUUAUAUAUGUGUCUUUGACAAAAACUCACUUUGCCAUAUAUUCAUUCUCGUUUAAGCCGUCCAACAAUUCCAGGUAUUGAAAAUGAAUUUGCUUUUACUUGGCAUAUUUCUGUUGUCUAUAAGUGCAAAUAGUGUGUUUGGUGAUCAACAGAUUCUCAUUGAUAAAUUGGCCAGCGAGUAUUUGGCAAGUGAAAAAGCAUUGUGGAAAAAAAUCGAUACGCAACUCAUUUUGCUCGACCGUGGAUCAUUACUCAAUGAAAUCUAUCGUGAGCAUUCACGCAUAUUAAACAAUGACUUUGGUGAAAAUCGAGUGUUAUGGAGUUUGGGAAUUCAAAAGUAUGAACGUCUUAUCAACAUUGUGUUGUCGAUUGAUACAAAUGUGAAGAAUAUCAAAGAUUACUUGAUCAAGUCGGAAUAUGUUAAAUUAGUCGAUUUGGCAAAAAAUGCGGCUCAACAAAUGCAAAAAUCAGCUGAUGACUUGAACGCCAUUAUUGGACAACGGUCAUUUUGGAAUGAUCUUAUAGAUAAAGAAAAUGGGGAAUCAUGCCAGUUGGGUGACGUGAGAAACAGCAAUGAAUUGGUGUUUGAAGUUUACAAAGAAUUGUCGGCGGUGACAUUAAAGAGCUACAUCAAUAUUCAAUUAACGCAAAUGGUUCUAAAAGUGUCCCAAUAUGGUAGUGUCAGUCAGCAAAAUUCCGAUGAUGUACGUAAAUCAUUCUAUGAUAAAUACGUACAAAGACAAAAUACGGUGAAAGACUUUUUGAAAACAGUGAGCGAUAAAAAGUGGAUUUGUGAUAAAAAGAAUUUCCCAACUAUCUAUCAUCAAAUUACACGAUUCAUUCAAGGAUAUGUGGAUAACGAGGUCAAUCUAAAUACGGACAAAAGUUGUGCGAAAACUUGCUCCGACUAUAAAAAUACCAGGAAUUAUGGCUGUGCUGCGAAUACCUUGUGCGCUGAGUCGCAUAUCGAUGAAGCAAGUACUCGAUGCAAAGGAAUAGUUUACAAUUGUGAUUUCGUUGAUGAUGACCUCACUGUUUGCCCGUCGUUACAAAAGCUUGAUACACGUCGCUACGACUAUGUUCGCUAUUCAAAUGGAAAAACAUUCGGAAAAUACGACAGUUGCUUACAAUCGGCAAAGGCGGAAUCGUGGAACUCUUGGUUCGUUAAGUGUUCGAAUUGCUUCUGCUAUUGCGAUGAGCAAAGCGCACAAUCGGAUCGAUUUUUCAGCUUGCAUGAUGUCACUUCGAACAUUCAGGAAAAUCGAAUUGUGACAGGCGUUGCAAUCACGAAACGUAAUCGAAUGAUUCAGUUUGUCAUAGGUGAAAGUACGCUUUUACCAUACGGCAAGCUGAACACAACCAUUGCUCAUGAGACCGGUGAAACGAAUGCCAAUAAUCGAUACGUGGGCCACCCAGAGUUCAGCAUUGACAGUAAGGGAGUUCAGAGUGGUGUCGAUUUCCACACAUUGACCUAUGAAAAACGAUCCAUCAAUUUGGAUGCAGUUCUGGCACCACCAGGAAAGAUUGUGACUGGAGUUCGAUUCCAUGCGCUGGAAAAUGGUGUGUUGACGGUUCAGAUCCGUGCAACUGACUACGAUUAUAAAACUGGCCAAUUGCAAAAGCUCGACAAGAGUAUUUGGAUUAAUAACCAAGUGAAACAACAUACGGAGCUAUUCUUAGACGAUCCCGACCUUCCGAUACGCGCUGUCAAACCUUUGGAACCGGACUGGAGACCAAAUCAAUUUAUCAAAUUUGGGCCUAGUGACCGUGUUAGAGAUGCAUCGCAAGUGACUGUACCUUUUAUUGAUGGAACUUUUGUUGAAGGAAAUCCCACUCUGCUCAGCGGCGUCGGUUUAUAUUACAAGGGCCAACCACACUUUGGCGGAUUUAUUGCACCAUAUUUGAUCGCUUUCGACUUUGGAUCAUUGAUCAAUCCACUUCAAAAUGCUUGAUGAUCAUUUUGUCAACAAUCACACUUCCAAGAAUUGUUUUCAUAUAUGAAGCAAUAGCUCAGCUUCCGUAAAUAAAGUAUGCGACGGUAAAAAAUCGCAAAACACAUAAACAAAAAAACAUAUUUCGAUUGAAUUCUAUCUGUAUG